AUGUGCAUCACUGAGAUUUGGACCUAUCACGAAUGUGGUUGUCAUUACCUGGACCCGAUACCUUGUUAUGACCGUAUCCUUCAGUCACCCCAAAUAUCAUGCAAGCCCUUUGAAAAGGAAGCUUCGGCCUCUCGCCUAUCUUUAUCUUCGACACCAUCAGUCUUGGAAAAUGAUGUUGUCACUAAAGCAAAUGAACCUGUCGCAAUUCCUCCCUCUCAGCAGGAUAGCUCCGGGCCUGAUGACGACACAGCCGCUGCCUACGACCACCGUUUACAUCUCGUGCGAAUAUGCUCAAUCCGUCAAAUCAUACAGAAGACGUUUCUAGAACCAAUUUGCGAUGAUUGUGUACUUCUCGAACUUGGUCUAAUAUCUGAAUCAACUGUCCACCAGCGCAGAUGUGAUAACCAUGACCAUGAUGAGAGGGAACUUGACGGCACAGAAUGGCUGCUCGAGAGUAGCGUCGAGAUCACUGUCGAGCCACCUGCUGAUCAUGGCAAGGUAUUCCCUCUUAGGUCGAAGCCAGGAAAUGUAUCCUCCUCAUCCGAAGAUGGGACACAGGAUGAGACGCCAAGAAGAGGGAGAGGAAGUAGAAGAGCUAUGGAGAUGAGCCGAGGAUCGUUGACCAUUGAUACAGGCUCACCAUUGAAGAGACGCACUAGCAUGCAGAGGCUCAAACAAACUGGUCAACGUCUGAGGCGAGCACGGAAGCAGCAUGACCUCCCAUCUUUGUCAGCUGCUGCUUCUCGCCCUUUGCAGUCAUCAGCAACAGGACCGUCGAGCUGGGUCGAGCAUCUAAGAUCAGAUCUGGGACAGCGUGUUCGAAGGAGGAGGCCAGAUCUCAGGCCAAACUCACAAGCAGCCCACCAAAACGAGUCCUCAAACGAUGCAUCCUCCAGCGCUUCAGAAGAUGACCACAUUCUCUCUCUUCCGUCGAUUCCCGCAACAGCAUCCUCAGCCUUCUCCACUACCUCUACCAACGGCAGAGAAUCCAUCAUUCCUCCUUUGGACCAGCUCAUUUCGUCUUCAGAAUUUGACUCCUCGCAACUCGGCAGUACGCAUCCUCCAGAACCCAGGCUAGGACUUCUGCACCCAAAUCAAGGAGAGCCAGCAAGGACCUAUACGUCAUCUUCUAGGUCGGUGAAGCCAGAUCACACAGCCAGCUCGACAGUCUCACCUUCAAGUCCUGUUGCCGAACUAGGCUCAACUGGAAGUGGCAUCGCUCUACAUCCUCUAUCUUCUCCAUUGCCUGCCAGGGCAAGCUCAGUGCACGGGACUAACGAGAACAAGACGUCUGAGGAUGAGGAGAACGGAGACAACGAGAAGGGAAAAAAUAACAACGACAAAGGGAACGUCGGCAGAGGCAAGAGUAGGAGUGACAUGCUACUCAUACGUGAGCUAGUUGAAGCGGGGAUGGGUAUGUCAUGGGCGGCGCCUCAGAGUGCGGGCUGA